GGAUUGGGUUGGCGGCGCAGGCGCACGGGCGUCCUGGAGGAUCGGGGCGCCUGCGCAGUUGUUCUUCCUUAGGCGGCAGCCAUGGCUGGACAGGAGGACCCGGUGCAGCGGGAAAUUCACCAGGACUGGGCGAAUCGGGAGUACAUUGAGCUCAUCACCAGCAGCAUCAAAAAAAUCGCGGACUUUCUCAACUCGUUCGAUAUGUCUUGUCGUUCAAGACUCGCAACACUGAAUGAGAAAUUGACAGCCCUUGAACGGAGAAUAGAGUACAUUGAAGCACGGGUGACAAAAGGUGAGACCCUCACCUAGAGCUGUGCCAGGCUGCUGCUGGGAAGUUGCUUUACAGAACACAGGCCUCCGUGGGAAAGGUCCCAGCAGCCGUCCACUCCUUCCUCUCUCCUUAAAGAACAACAGGGCUUAUUCUUGUUUUUCUUCCUUCAAUAAUGUGGCCUUUGGGCUCUGCCAUGUACAUCUGACAGUGUGAUAUGGCAUGUGGGGCGAAGUCCAGGGGAACUCUUGAAAACAUCAGGCAUUUUACCUUUCAGUAACAUUUUGCAGAACUACUGGUCAAUGUAUUUGAGGCUCUCAGCGCCAAAAGUCUGGGACUUUGUGAAGGUCCACCCACCUCUCACUUUCUUUCUCUCCGACUCUCUUUACAGUUUCCAUUGCCUCUGCAUUGAUUCUGUAAACAGUCUUUGUCUCCUCCCCACCUUUGUUUGGGGGUGGUGGACAGUCCUGGCUGAGACAGUCAUGCCCUGGCAAGGUGGCUGCCAGAGAAUGUUGUUGUUAACCCCACUUUAUUGUCCUUCUAGGGAGGUCAAGGCCAGGCCCUGACUUGGCUUGAAGGGACAUUUCAGUUUUCUUUCUGUCAUUUGGGCUGCCUGCCUCUGAUAUUUCACUAAUAAACUCCUCAACUUUAUCUGACUGCUGUGAUUGUGGUGGGGAGAGGAGCUAGAGAUGGAACUCAUAUUCCACAGAAAUCUGAUGUGUGGGAUUAUUAUUCCAACAACACUUUCAGGGGAAGCUGCUUGAUCAAAGCCUAGGUAACUUACCAGCCAGAGCCCCCAUAUUUGGACUUUGAGCUGACAAUUCAUCCUGGGAAUCAUUUGGUCAUUCAGCAGACAUUUGCCAAGUGCUUACUUUGUGGGUACAUUAUGUAUGCUCCAAUAAAAGAUACAAUGUUGAA